AUGGCUACCGUCUCUGCUAAUUUUACAGCCAGGAAGGAGAAAAUAUUGAAGGACCUCUCUGUUCCAGCGGAAGACUACACCGAUUUAUCCCCUAAGGGUUCUGUGGAUGCUGCAAUUAUACCACUUAUACGGGACAUAAACCGAUUACCAGGACUUGUGACAACAAGUAGCUGUGCCGGACGCAUCAGCGUAUUUCUCGAACGGGGGAAAGCAGGCAAGACCCAGGCCGAUAUUGAUACCCUCGAAACUGAGAGAACUUUAGGGGAACCUGAAAAUAGCUAUGCAGUAGAUAAGGUGGACGGUAGUGAACCCCCAAAGGCGGACGGGGUCAAUAAAUUCGUUCCUAAAGGCGGGAAAGGCAGUGGGACAUGGCAGUUUGUCUCCCAUAGCCCCCUGCUGGCUGAUGCAAAUAGUACAGAGAGGAACUUGCAUGGUCUAUUUGGAUUGAAACCUUCACAAGAUCAAACAGCUCUAAGGGAAAAUGGAGAGCUACAGCUGGUUAAAUUCAAGUUUGAGCCCAUGAUUCUCCAUAUAAUGGCUGCAUCUUUAAAGGAUGCUCAACCAGUCCUUGCUGCUGCCAGUAAUGCAGGCUUCCGAGAAAGCGGGCUCCAGGGCCUUCGCUGCCUUGAAGACCAGGAUGCAUGUCCUAUUGUUGCGGUACGGUCUUCCGGCCUUGGUCUAGAGUCGAUCAUAGGUUAUGUAGAAGAUGACGGGUCUCCUGAACUUUCCGCACGCAGCCUUGUAACCGAGGACUACUUGCAAUUACUUGUCCAAAUUUCGAAUGAACGGUUUAAAACGAAUUCGGAACGUACGGAAAGAUUUAGGGUCAGACUGUUGGAUUUAACCGGAGCGCGGAAUCUUAACAACCCCAAGGCUCUGUGGGAGGAUCCAAAUGCUAGAAGGGAAAGGAAGAGGGCUGAAGGCUUGGAACGGAGCAAAGCAGCAAGGAAAGCCAGAGCUUUGUACUCGAAUAGCCAAGUAUUCUAUAUUCAGUAA